AGUUCCGGAGGAUAAAACGUUUCUAAAAUUUAGAUUAUAUUAUUCAUAGAAAGUAAAUAUAUUAUUUAGAUUAUAUUAAUUAUUAUUCAUAGAAAUUAAACUAUUUAUAUUAUUGAUAUAAUUUUGUAUCAUUAGGUGAUUAUAAUGAGAUUUUAUAAGUAUACUGAACUAAUUAAUGCUAAUACUCAAUAUUCUAAUCGCAUGAAAAUGCUCAGCAAUCGCAUAUUUGGUGAAGUUGUUCGUCCUACCAAUGAAAAAUCUAUGAGGGUGGUAAAAAUGUUUAGUGAAGAGCCCUUGUACAAAAAAGAAAAUGUUAUAAAUUAUUAUCCUCGUCAUGUAGAAACUGGGCUACUAAUAAUGAAUCUUCGGCGGUAUGGUUUAUUUAGAGAUGAACAUCAAGACUUUAUCGAUGAGAUGAAAAGAUUAAAGGCUCUAAGAGGCAAAGUAUUUGUUAAAGGAGAGAAAAAACGUAAAGCUAAAAGUAUAUUAUAAAGCUCUUUUAUGUGCAUAAAAAAUUACUUAUUUAAAUUGUAAAAAUCAAACAAUAACCAUACUAGCUAUGUAAUGUUUAUUAAUAAACAUG